AAAAUUACUGCCGAUUUUAGCAGUUUUGUAACUUCUUGCGGAACCCCUGGUCUGUACUGGCGGAACCCUGGUUGAAAACCACUGGUCUAGAGAAUUACAGUAAAACAUUUUCUCUGAAUAAUACAUUUCUUUACCAUGUGGAGAGAGUGGAAGAUUAUUUUGUAUUUUAAUUCAGUUGAGGCUACACGGGACUUUACAACGUCUACGUGUACUAUUUGAGAUCACAUUUGAUGAAAAUAUAGCAGGAUAAGUAUUUAUUAGGAAUAUUUGAAAGGAAGAAAACAUCUGAAUGUUCUGGUGAGAGAAGAAGAAACAAUGGCUAAUGAAGUGUGUAAUAACAACAUUGAACACAAAUCACAGUGUGAAGGUAUUGAUUUUUCUGAUGAGAUACCAACAAAGGGAGAUAAACCAUCAUACUGCUGUGAUAUCUGUAAAAAGUCAUUUUCUCAAAAUAAUAUCCUUUCUCGACAUAAAUGCACUCAUACAAAUGUGAAAGCAUAUCGCUGUGGUGUAUGUGGUAAAUCAUUCUCUCAAUGUGUUCGCUUAACUGAACACAAAAGCGUUCAUACAGGAGAAAAGCCAUUUUGCUGCGACAUCUGUGGAUAUUCGUUCUCCAAGGUAGACAGUUUAGCCAAACACAAACGCACUCAUACAGGAGAAGAGCCAUAUCACUGCGAAAUCUGUGGUAAAUCGUUCUCUGUGAAAUGGAAUUUAACUACACACAUUCGAAUUCAUACAGGAGAGAAACCGUAUCACUGCCUCGUUUGUAAGAAAUCAUUCUCUAGUGGAAGUAACUUAACCAGACAUCAAUAUCUUCAUACAGGAGAUGAAACACAUACCUGUGAUAUUUGUGGUAAGUCUUUCACUCAGGAAGAUAGAUUAGCUAGACACAAAUACAUUCAUACAGCAGAAAAAUUGUAUGACCAUGGGAUAUCGUUAUCAAAUAAGACUGCCUUAACUGCUCACAAAAGCAGUCAUUCUGGAGAGAGACCAUAUUGCUGUGAUAUUUGUGAUAAAUCAUUUCCUUCAAGUAGUAAUUUAAACAAACACAAACGUGUCCAUUCAGGAGAGAAGCCAUAUCACUGUGACAUCUGUGGUAAAUCAUUUUCUCAAAGUAGCACCUUAACUCAACAUAAACGUCGUCAUACAGGAGUGAAACCAUAUCACUGUGAUAUCUGUGGCAAAUCAUUCUCUGAUGGAAGCACCUUAACAAGACACAAGUAUAUUCAUACAGGAGAGAAACCAUAUCAGUGUGAUGUCUGUGAUAAAUCAUUCUCCCUGAAAAUUAGCUUAGCUAGACACAAAUACAUUCAUACAGGGGAAAGACCUUUUCACUGCGACAUCUGUGGAAUGUCGUUCCUCGAUGGAAGUACUUUGACUGGUCACAAACGCAUUCAUACAGGAGAGAAGCCAUAUCACUGUGACAUCUGUGGAAAAUCAUUCUCUAGAAGUAGUCACGUAACUUCACACAAACGCAUUCAUACAGGAGAGAAACCCUUUCGCUGUGAUGUCUGCGGUAAAUCAUUUUCUCACAGUGGUUCCUUAACUUCACACAAACGCAUUCAUUCAGGCGAGAAACUAUAUCACUGCGAUGAUUGUGGUAAAUCGUUCUCUGGAAGUAGUGACCUGGCGAGACACAAACGCGUUCAUACAGGUGAGAAGCCACAUCACUGUGAUAUUUGUGGCAAAUCAUUCUCUCAGAAAUGUACCUUAACGUCACAUGUAUCUAUUCAUACAGAACCCUAAAUACACCAUUGUGGAAAUGCACUGCAACAUGUGAAACAUGUUGUAAGCUCAUUUGCCAUGCUAAACCAUUACUCUUUUACUUGUUUCAGUCAUUUGACUGUGGCCAUGCUGGAGCACCGCCCUUUAGUCGAGCAAAUCGACCCCGGCACUUAUUCUUUUGUAAGCCCAGUACUUAUUCUA